UUUAGUAUUUGCAAUCCACUCUUUGGACAAUGGGGUCAGGAUGGCAGGUCAAGUUUUUUCAAACGCUUCUGUGUGCUUGUAGUGUUUCUGUGUCCUUUCACCUCUCUGUGAAGAGAGAGUCAUGGAGGGAAAGGGUUCACCAGCGAGCUGAACAUCCCAUUGAGCACAUGGAUCAGAACCCUGCAGCACAGGCACCCCCAGAGAAGGACCCCAUGUUUGAGUGGAUUAGCCAGCUGGUGCAGUCACGUCGAGAUUUUAGGGAGAAACCUUUAGUGGCAAAGACUCGCAAAAUGCCAGAAACUCUUCAGAUGGAUGAUCCUAUUGUUCACAGAGAAGGAGUGCAAGUACCCCAGAGACCACUGAUGAUUGAUCUUCCAAAGGAUGGGUCAAGAAACCAGCCUGGUCGGUCCUCUCAAGAUCCACGACAUCCGAUGACCACAGCUACCCAGACACCACUAUCUUAUGAGGUGAAUGCUUCCCAAAGACAACUGAAUGAUCGUCUUGUUCAGAUCCCUGUAAAACAAGAACUCCAGAGACCCCUGAUGAUGAAUCUUCCAAUGGGUGUCACAUUUGGUGGGUCAGGGAAACCGCCUGGUUGGUCCUCUCAAGAUCCACGUCAUCCUACUACCACAGCUACCCAGAGACCACGACCUUCUGAGGUGAAUGCUUCCCAAAGACAACUGAAUGAUCGUCUUGUUCAGAUCCCUGUAAAACAAGAACUCCAGAGACCCCUGAUGAUGAAUCUUCCAAUGGGUGUCACAUUUGGUGGGUCAGGGAAACCGCCUGGUUGGUCCUCUCAAGAUCCACUUCAUCCUACUACCACAGCUACCCAGAGACAACGACCUUAUGAGGUGAAUGCUUCCCAAAGACAACUGAAUGAUCGUCUUGUUCAGAUCCCUGUAAAACAAGAACUCCAGAGACCCCUGAUGAUGAAUCUUCCAAUGGGUGUCACAUUUGGUGGGUCAGGGAAACUGCCUGGUUGGUCCUCUCAAGAUCCAAUUCAUCCUACUACCACAGCUACCCAGAGACAACGACCUUAUGAGGUGAAUGCUUCCCAAAGACAACUGAAUGAUCGUCUUGUUCAGAUCCCUGUAAAACAAGAACUCCAGAGACCCCUGAUGAUGGAUCUUCCAAUAGGUGUCACAUUUGGUGGGUCAGGGAAACCGCCUGGUUGGUCCUCUCAAGAUCCAAUUCAUCCUACUACCACAGCUACCCAGAGACAACGACCUUAUGAGGUGAAUGCUUCCCAAAGACAACUGAAUGAUCGUCUUGUUCAGAUCCCUGUAAAACAAGAACUCCAGAGACCCCUGCUGAUGGAUCUUCCAAUGGGUGUCACAUUUGGUGGGUCAGGGAAACCGCCUGGUUGGUCCUCUCAAGAUCCACUUCAUCCUACUACCACAGCUACCCAGAGACAACGACCUUAUGAGGUGAAUGCUUCCCAAAGACAACUGAAUGAUCGUCUUGUUCAGAUCCCUGUAAAACAAGAACUCCAGAGACCCCUGAUGAUGAAUCUUCCAAUGGGUGUCACAUUUGGUGGGUCAGGGAAACCGCCUGGUUGGUCCUCUCAAGAUCCAAUUCAUCCUACUACCACAGCUACCCAGAGACAACGACCUUAUGAGGUGAAUGCUUCCCAAAGACAACUGAAUGAUCGUCUUGUUCAGAUCCCUGUAAAACAAGAACUCCAGAGACCCCUGCUGAUGGAUCUUCCAAUGGGUGUCACAUUUGGUGGGUCAGGGAAACCGCCUGGUUGGUCCUCUCAAGAUCCACGUCAUCCUACUACCACAGCUACCCAGAGACAACGACCUUAUGAGGUGAAUGCUUCCCAAAGACAACUGAAUGAUCGUCUUGUUCAGAUCCCUGUAAAACAAGAACUCCAGAGACCCCUGCUGAUGGAUCUUCCAAUGGGUGUCACAUUUGGUGGGUCAGGGAAACCGCCUGGUUGGUCCUCUCAAGAUCCACUUCAUCCUACUACCACAGCUACCCAGAGACAACGACCUUAUGAGGUGAAUGCUUCCCAAAGACAACUGAAUGAUCGUCUUGUUCAGAUCCCUGUAAAACAAGAACUCCAGAGACCCCUGAUGAUGGAUCUUCCAAUGGGUGUCACAUUUGGUGGGUCAGGGAAACCGCCUGGUUGGUCCUCUCAAGAUCCACUUCAUCCUACUACCACAGCUACCCAGAGACAACGACCUUAUGAGGUGAAUGCUUCCCAAAGACAACUGAAUGAUCGUCUUGUUCAGAUCCCUGUAAAACAAGAACUCCAGAGACCCCUGAUGAUGAAUCUUCCAAUGGGUGUCACAUUUGGUGGGUCAGGGAAACCGCCUGGUUGGUCCUCUCAAGAUCCAAUUCAUCCUACUACCACAGCUACCCAGAGACAACGACCUUAUGAGGUGAAUGCUUCCCAAAGACAACUGAAUGAUCGUCUUGUUCAGAUCCCUGUAAAACAAGAACUCCAGAGACCACUGAUGAUGAAUCUUCCAAAGGAUGUCAUGUUUGCUGGGUCAAGAAACCAGCCUGGUCAGUCCUCUCAAGAUCCACAACAUUCUAUGACCACAGCUACCCAGAGACCACUAUCUUAUGAGGUGAAUGCUUCCCAAAGACAACUGAAUGAUCGUCUUGUUCAGAUCCCUGUAAAACAAGAACUCCAGAGACCCCUGAUGAUGAAUCUUCCAAAGGAUGUCAUGUUUGCUGGGUCAAGAAACCAGCCUGGUCAGUCCCCUCAAGAUCCACGUCAUCCUACUACCACAGCUACCCAGAGACCACGACCUUAUGAGGUGAAUGCCUCCCAAAGACAACUGAAUGAUCGUCUUGUUCAGAUCCCUGUAAAACAAGAACUCCAGAGACCCCUGAUGAUGAAUCUUCCAAUGGGUGUCACAUUUGGAGGGUCAGGGAAACCGCCUGGUUGGUCCUCUCAAGAUCCACGUCAUCCUACUACCACAGCUACCCAGAGACCACGACCUUAUGAGGUGAAUGCCUCCCAAAGACAACUGAAUGAUCGUCUUGUUCAGAUCCCUGUAAAACAAGAAUUCCAGAGACCCUUGAUGAUGAAUCUUCCAAUGGGUGUCACAUUUGGAGGGUCAGGGAAACCGCCUGGUUGGUCCUCUCAAGAUCCACGUCAUCCUACUACCACAGCUACCCAGAGACCACGACCUUAUGAGGUGAAUGUCUCCCAAAGACAACUGAAUGAUCGUCUUGUUCAGAUCCCUGUAAAACAAGAACUCCAGAGACCACUGAUGAUGAAUCUUCCAAAGGAUGUCAUGUUUGCUGGGUCAAGAAACCAGCCUGGUCAGUCCUCUCAAGAUCCACAACAUUCUAUGACCACAGCUACCCAGAGACCACUAUCUUAUGAGGUGAAUGCUUCCCAAAGACAACUGAAUGAUCGUCUUGUUCAGAUCCCUGUAAAACAAGAACUCCAGAGACCCCUGAUGAUGAAUCUUCCAAUGGGUGUCACGUUUGCUGGGUCAAGAAACCAGCCUGGUCAAUCCUAUGAGGGCCCACAACAUUCACAGAAACCACAACCAUCCGAAACAAGUGCUUCCAGAAAGCACUCCAGUCAAACUUGGCAACCUUCUCCAGCACAGAGUUCCCAAAGGCCGCAGCUAACUGCUGUGGAAACUCUUCCGAAGGACCAGAAGACCGAACUCCGGCAACCCGAGACUCCGCAGUCAGUCACUGCUGUGUGUGGAGAGGAGUUGCUCCAGCUGACUGUGAAGAUGGACUUCCUGGGCACUGGUCACCUUAUUAAUCCAGCUGACAUCACCUUGGGUGGCUGUGCUCCAACUAGGCUGGAUGAAUCUCAGCAAGAGCUAUUGUUUGAGACCGCACUGCAUGAGUGUGGAGGCACAGCUCAGAUGUUUGAGGAUGAGGUGGUGUAUACCUUCUCAUUGAUUUACACUGCUCGACCAGUUGGAGAUAGCCCUAUUGUGAAGACCAAUGACGCUACUGUCAGGAUAGACUGCUACUAUGAUAGGUUCUAUAAUGUGAGUAGCAAUGCUUUGAGACCCACAUGGACCCCUUACCAAUCCUCCCAGCUGUCUGAUGGGAGUUUGGACUUCUCUCUGAGACUUAUGACUGAUGAUUGGCAGUAUGAGAGGCUCUCCACAAAGUUCUUCCUGGGGAACAUGAUUAAGAUUGAGGCCUCAGUCCGGGUGGAGAAUCAUGUGCCCUUGCGUGUUUAUGUGGAUAGCUGUGUGGCUGCAGUACAACCAGAAAUACAAUCUGGCACAAGCUAUGUACUCAUUGAGAAGCAUGGGUGUCUGUCUGACUCCAAACUCAUGGCUUCCCGCUCCCAGUUCAUGCCCAGAAAACAGGAUGAAAAGCUACAGAUGGAGAUUGAGGCUUUCAAAUUUGCAGAUGAAAGCAGUGAUUCGUUCUAUAUCAUUUGCAAUCUGCGAGCAGUUUCAGCUGCUGGUGCUGCAGUGAGUGGCCACAAAGCCUGCCACUAUAGCAUGGAGAAUGACAGGUGGAACAAUGCUGAUGGAAAUAAUGAGGUCUGUAGUUGCUGUAAUGCAGAGACAUGCCCCAUCAGGAUGACCAGAGCUGCUGAAGAUGUAAAGGGGCGUCUGGUGAAGCUUGGACCAAUCUCUGUCAAGGAGAAGACCAUUUAGAGGGAGGCUUUCUGAUAAGUGAAUAGUCUAUUCUAUUACUGCUCUGUAGUGCUAACAGGACUUAUUUAUAAUUAAACUUCAGGUUAAGGGACCUUGAUCUGAACAGCCGUUUUUCCACUGUGUGGUGUAAAAGAUUGAAACAUAUGUAAUCCCAGUCAAGAUAUUUAACAUCUGUGCAGAAUUCAGAUGCAUUUAGUGUUUAUUGCACUGUUGUCUUUGUGACUGUUGAAUUUUUCCUCAUAAUAAAACUCAAUGUACUGAU